AUACUAAUUUUAAACUGAUUCGCGUACAAAAGCGUAGUUUCAAAUAUGUAUGCCAGAACGUUUAAUGGAUUUCUUCAAAUCAAAAAGCUAUUUGUCACUUCAAUUGAUAUAUCUAGAAACUAUGCCAAACCCGCAGUCGUGGUUGCCAAGAAAAAAAAAUCUGGACCCAUUGUGGAGAAAAAAGUUUUACCAGUAGAAACGGAUAUCAAUAGGUUACUCACAUAUGUUUGUGGAAGUAACAUUAUGAAAGAAGGAGAAGAUGUAAAGAUAAAACCUGAUAAUGAGUAUCCUGAUUGGCUAUGGAAUAUUCAUAUAGGACCUCCUCUUACUUUAGAACAAUUAGAUCCAGAGUCAAAAAAAUAUUGGCUGAAAGUAAGGAAGAUGGGUUUGAAGCGAAAUAAUCAACUUUCUAAAGUUAAGAAAUUCUAAUUUAGAUUUAAUGUAGUUAGACCAUAAUCAAAUUGAAGUCAUUAGAUGUAACUUUAAUAUCAGAUCA